AUGGCCAAAAAGCGCAAGCUCGGCAGCGUCAGCCACAAAAACCACUUCGUCGACUCGGGCAAGAAGAGGAACGGCCCCGGAGGCCCGGCCCAGAACAGCAAGAAGAAAACCAGCCAGAGUGCGCACGUCGCCGAUAGCGAGGCCAAGAAGAAGAAGCAACAGCAGCAGUACCACCAGAACCAGGAGCCCGUCAUCCCGUUCGCGCCCGAAGACUCCAUUCUCCUCAUCGGCGAGGGCGACCUCAGCUUCGCCGCCAGCCUCGCCGCCCACCACGGCUGCCGCAACGUGACGGCCACAGUCCUCGAGAAGAACGAACGCGAGCUGCUGGAAAAAUACCCGCACGCCGCCGAGAACAUUGCGCUGAUCAACGGCGCCAGCCCGUCAAAACCAGCGGCGCCGACGGAUUCGAGACCCACAGAGGACGGAGGCAACGGUGCAGAAGACGAAGGAGAAGGAGCAGAAGGCGCGGACGACCCUGCCGCCGACGAAAAGGAAGAAUUAAACGAAGACGACGACGAAAAGUACAAACCCCCCGUCGCCAAUAAUAACAAGAUCCUCUACAACGUCGACGCACGCACGAUGAAGCCCUUCACCCGCAAGUCCGCGCCCAACCACCGCGGCUUCCACAUGGCGGCGCCCUCCAAGCAAGGCAUCUUCAAGCGCAUUCUCUUCAACUUCCCCCACGUCGGCGGCAAGUCUACCGACCGCAACCGUCAGGUCCGCUACAACCAGGAGCUCCUCGUCGCGUUCUUCAAAUCGGCGAUCCCCUCCCUCGCCCCCGGCGGCACCAUCGUCGUCACUCUCUUUGAGGGGGACCCGUACACGCUGUGGAACAUCAAGGACCUCGGCCGCCACGCGGGGCUGCAGUCCCUCCAGAGCUUCAAGUUUCACUCCAAGGCUUACCCCGGGUACAAGCACGCCCGGACUCUGGGCGUGGUGAGGGAGAAGAAGACGGGCGAGGCGAGCGGCGCGGCCUGGAAGGGCGAGGAGAGGCCGGCGCGGAGCUACGUCUUCAUGCGCAAGGACGAGGCGCCCGAGGAGGUCCCCGGCAAGAAGAAGAGGAAGCGCGGCGGGGACGAGAGCAGCAGCGAGGAGGAGUCCGAGGUGGACGAGGGCUUUGACGACUAA